AUGAAUCACUAUGUAAGAGCAGCCGACACUGGUUACUUCGGCAAGGUUUACUCAAUCUUACACAGGCCUCCUAAAGGCGGAUUCAAGAAAAAGGCAACUGGGGAUGCUUCAAAUCCCACCUCUCCAAACCCUCGUCCGUUCAAAAAUCCGAACUACACCAAGAACGUCAACCGUAGGGCGAAGAACCUUAAGGCAGUCCUUGGGCAGGAGCGAGAGCGUGAGAGAGCAGAGAGGGAGGCAAGGCGUAUUAAACGAGAAGAGGCUUUGAAAACGAAUCCGAGCGCUGCAGCAGACAUUCCGGAGGAUGCGCCCACUUAUACCACGAUUGAGGCGCCCCCUUCAGUAAUACCCCAUAAACAUCUCUGCGAUAUUACGGGCCUAGAGGCACCCUAUACAGAUCCAGCAACUGGCCUCCGCUACCACGAUAAAAGCGUUUAUGAGAUCAUAAAAGGGCUGAGUACAAGCAUUGCAAAAGACUACUUGUCAGCUCGGGGUGUGGUUUCUAUUGUCAAGUAG